AUGCCAAUCAAACAUCUCGACCAAUACCUGUCGGAGCACAAGCAAUAUCAUGAGCUAUCCCUCAAUGUCCUCUCGGACAGCCGCCUUGGCAUAGACGCCUCUCAUUACCUUCGUCUUCUGCUUGAAUCGCCGGAGACUCGCGAACCUUUGCUAGCCGCUACUGGUGGUCUUCCCCUCUCACUCACAGCUAAAAUUGAAUCAGACCUCAGAACGCUCGAAAAGCUGCGCAUCAAACCUGUGUUCGUCUUUCCUGGAUUGCUUCCAAACAAGAAGCAGAAGCCCAAUCCUCACGGGCAUGCUGAUUCAUGCAAAGAUCGUAAGGAUGCUUGGGAUUGUUAUGAACAUGGUCAAACCGACCAAGCCACCAAACUCUUCGAGACUCGAAGCAAUAUCGUUCAAUGGGACCUCUGGCGUUCCGUUCUUCGCAUUUUCAAACAACGCAACGUGGACUUCAUUGUUGCCCCAUAUGUUGCCUGGGCCCAGCUCAUCUACUUACAACGGCAUCAGAAAAGCUACAUUAACGCUGUGUUCGCUGCUAGCGAUGCGCUGCUGUACCCGGCACUCGACAAAUUGAUCACUUCCCUCGACCUCAACUCCCCAAACCCUUCAUUCACAUAUGUCAACAAGCGGAGCUUGCUUAACGAAACUGCCCUCAGUGAGGAGCAGUUUUUGGACGUCGGCAUCCUUUCCGGCUUCGACCAUUCUCAAACUUUCCCCCCAAUCAUCCAUGAGCAAUCGCUCAGACCCGUUAUUGAAAUGGUCAAAUACUACAGAUCAGGGUACAGUGCCGUCAGUGCACAAAGCGAGCACCCUGGCGUCCGACAGACCCAAUAUGUCGACCAAUUCGCACGGACCCGCUCUAUGGUUAAGUUUUCUCUCAUCAUGUCAAAUGAUGGCGUCGUGCAACCCCUCCCAUUGGCAAUGUCUCCACAGCCACAAGGUCAUCCAGGCCAUCACAAUACAACCGCAGCGGACAUUCCUCAAAACCUCGAAGACAUUUUCACACAUCGCUUACCAGAUGAGGUGUAUUUCUACCUUUCCCGAGGCCUCGUGAGCCCACAGCCCCUCAUUUGGCUCACGUCAGGACAAGUUGUAGAGAACCCACCCCUUGAUAACGGCGAGACCACUGAAUUUAAGCGGUUCGUGAGGGAGGUCAUCACCGAAGGCGCUACGGGUCCCAGAGCAACCGCGCUGGCCCUCAUCAGUAGUGUGUUACAUCAGUUUUGGUCAACGAAACGCGUACAAGCGUACUUCUGGUUUGAGACUCAACAGUAUGGUAACGGGAAAGGCAUAGUACAUAAUGGACAAGCUACGCAGCAGCUCGUGGAGCGCGUCUCGGGAUGGAAUGUUCUGAAUGCAAUCAUUGAGGAAGAGCUGCGACGACAAAACGGGGACUCCGCUCAGUCUUCAACGAUAGACUUUGCUCUUUGCCUUGGGGCGACGGCCACUGAGAAACUGGCUCACCGCACCCGGACGAAGCCACAUGCAAAUAUAGUGUUAGAAAAAAAGGAUGAGGUUGUCGCUAAUGUUAUUUGGCGUUUCCUGGAGUUGCGAGGAUUUUUGAUUCACUCACAUACGCACUCGUCCUUAGCUCGCGCGAUGCAUGCAGCCUUACAACAAUGCAAGGUCAAUGACAAAUUCCAAGAUUCUCUAUACCUCUUCCUUGAACUAGUUCGUGCCGGCGUACUGCACAACAACUUGUGGUCUGGGCGAGCAUAUUCUGGAGGCCCAAGCUUCGGGACGGAUGAAGAGAAACGCUGCAUGCUACUCAUCAUGCGUGUGCUUAGCAUUGUUCCGCUGGCAUUCAAGCCACAACCCUGGAGUGGGCCAUUAUCGCGGGAGCUUCUGGUCUUCAAUUCCUUCCUUCGUUCUCUAUCACGAGCUUUGCGUUCCCUUGUCGAGCUUACAGCGAUGAACAUGCUCCUCCAACGACAUGCCAGACGAUCACGCGAUGAUCUUCUCGACAUUUCUUUGUCUUUACCCUUCCAAGCCGAUGUCAACACCGGAUUCGGUAUCUUAGCCAAAGUCUACCUCGAUGCGCUCGUAGCGAUUUAUGGUGGCAAGAUCGACGGUUCGGAUCCUGAAGGAGUGGCGGAUGCAAAGGAAGCUGCCCUGGAAAUUUGCGAUGAGACGUUCGAAGGAAUCAAGAAUCCGCGGGCUGAAGUUGAGAGAGGUUUCCGAUUCUGGGACGCUGCCCUCAUCGCUAUUCGUAGCCUGGCUUCGGAACCUGGGUGGGUACACGGAGAUCUAGCAGAACAGUUCGAAGCUGCGGAGGCAUGGCUAAGACCGAUGCGUCCUUAG